AUGGAGGCCGGAACGUCCUUGGCUGUUCAAAGAGGUCGCUUAAGACGACAGUUGCUUGAAGGCGAACAGAAUAUAGACACCCUAAGUGAAUCGCUUUUGGAACAGCAGUAUCAGCAGCAACAGCGGCAACAACAGCUGAAACAUCCACGCUUUGUUCCAGCCUAUUUACAGCAGCAGCAGCAGCAGCAACAGCAACAUCCUUAUAAUGGACCAAGAACUAAUCUGAUAAAUUCUAUAUCGACUGCAAAUUACGAUAUUAUGACCCCCUUACCAGGAAGCCAUAGUGGAACACCCUUCACCAGUAAUAGCAAUUCCAGUUUCUCAAAUAUAACUUCAAAUUCAAGAAAGUCUUCCUUGACUACUCAAUCCAUAAACAAGUUCUUUCGUCGAAACCACCAUAAGGGUGACUUUAACGAAGAUGCCGGUGUCGAUAUCGGAGACUUGGCUGAUGCAACAAAUAUGUCGUUUGACGAUAUAACUCAUUUAAGAAAUACAAAAUCAUAUAAUUCAACGGCACCUAUUAUUCCUACAUAUGGCACAAUGGGGAGUAAUACAAGCAAAAUCAAUAAUGUUCAAUACCGCAAACAGAUGAACCAACAAAAGAAAAUGGCAUUGCUAACUGGCGCUCGUGCCAAUUCUAUUGCAGGCGGGGCAAAUCCUAUGCUACCAAGCCAGCAACUAGCUCAGCAGCAGCUACCCCCACAGCAGCAGCAAAUGGGUGUAACGGAUCCGAGAUCUAUGUCCUUGGGUGGGAACUAUUCAAGGGCAAGAUCAUUGAAUUCACAACUUCCUGGUGCAAUGCCUCCUAUGAGGAAUCAAUUUUAUCCCCAACAAAAUCAACCAAUGAGUAAUUAUCCGUUUUCAGGACAGUACAAUCAGAAUCAAGCGCAAGCCCCAAACCAACAGUUUGCAUUUUCUCAAAUUCAACAACAACAACAACAGGGCCCACGAGCAAUGUCUUUGAAAGCAGAACAUUACAUGAUGCAAAAACAGCAGUACCCUCCGAGUAACUAUAACAACAACAAUAAUAAUAAUAAUGGCCAAAUGCAGUAUGCACAAGGAGCACCUCGCUCAAAUACUUUUAUGGGCGGAGGUAUGCCCAACUACGACCCUAAAAUUCAGAACGGCCCAAACUAUUCAUCAAGAACUAAGUCUUUGGGUGGCAUGACAUCAAUGGGAAUGGCCGGUCCAUACCAAGAGCCAAAAUAUCAAGGAUUAAUAAAUAGAAACCAAAACCUAGCUGUUAACAAUCUGGGUCCACCUUAUAACCGUCAACAACAAUACCAACAGCAGGGACCGCUUAACAAUCAACAAUUUUCUUACUCGCAACAACCAAACAGUCAACAACCAUUUGCACCUUCUUCGUUCCAGAACCAAUAUAAUCAAGAUUCAAGUACAUUUGGACGACCUUCUCAAUUGGAGCAAGUUUCCAGUGAUUCGUUGAAUGAUGUACCAGAGGAAGAAGAAUAUAAUCAAAACCAAGUAGCGCAUCAAAAAACAUCUCCAUCUGAACCUGAUGAAGGCGAUGUUAUUUACAACUUUGAUGAGCAAGAGAACAUGGGCAGUAAUCAGCUUUCACGAAAGUCUACAUUGAGGAAAAACAACUCAACAAGAGUACGUAAGUUGAACAUAUUUAAUGACGAAGCAAAUUCAAGAGUUGCCGUAGGAAGAAAGAAACCUCCGUCAAGUAGUGUUCAAGAGGAGCAGGAUUUUCUGGUUCAUCUGGAUCAGUUAGAGAAGACACCCGAGAAUAUACCUUUAACUAAUGUCCUGCAGGAAAAGCAUGUACCUUGCGAUUUGGAUACAGAUGAAUCAUACGACACCGUUGAGUCAAUGGCGGCUGAUAAAUCAUCGAAGGCGCACGCGGGAUAUAAUAGCAAUACACUGUCUCAGAAACCCGGCGCAAUUUUUGCAUCUAAUCUGGAUAGCUUGGCAGGACAAUUAUCACAGGAUGACGAAACAAUAGGGGAAAACGAAAACGAAAACGAAAACGAAAGCGUUAAUACAUCUGGUAGAGGAUCAGUUUUGAAGCCACCAUUUCCCAGGAAGAUACUGGAAAGCAGUUCUAUAAGGAAUCUUGUUGCAAAUACUGCAUUUAGCAAUUUUAGAUCUUCCUCAAACGAUAGUGAUUUGAAACUUUCCAGUCCACUGUUGCCGCUUGUCAGAACAAAUUCUUCACCAACUUCCAUUUACGAGGAACCUGGAAGGAGAGUGAAAAGUUCUGAAACAGAUGAAAGCCAAUACAGUCAACCUGAGCAACAAACGACUUUCGACAACAAGGAGGAUGAUGGUAAUAAUAACGAUAAUAAGAAUAAUAAUAAUAAUAAUAAUAAUGAUGAUGAUUAUGAUAAGAAAAACGGCGGCUUGGUCUCACCUUCAAUGCCGAUGACAACGCCCACCACUCCGAAUAUUUCACAUAAUCGUUUUGUUGGCUCUGCAUCAGAAGAGCCUAUGCAUGCAACUUAUAGCAUGUCGCACGCUAUUACCGAGCCCAUACAGGAUACGUUCAAAGAAGAAUCCCACCAGUUUACACCUGUAUCUAGAAUUGGUGCUCAUUCUCGUCAUGCGACAAACUCUUCAAUAAGUACAGGGGGUAGUAAUUACGACUAUCAUCAUGGAGAAGGAGAAGGAGAAGGAGGGAAAAAAAUAUUAUCCAACUCUAUAUCGAGUCAUUCGAGUCGCAAGGAAAAACGUUCAUCUUUUGCGCAUACGGGUAAAAAGUUACUAAAGAAGUUGUCGAAAUCAAAGAAAUCGAGUCCUUCAGUUGGUGAUGAUUAUCUAGAAAAGAAUGAUACAAAGGGGGUAUCUACAAGUAGAACUUCGUCGAUUAAUAAAAGGAUUUCAUCCCCGGCAACACUUGCGUCUUCAGGAAAGUUACCAACAUCUAUCAAAGAGCCAUUGUCAUUUAGCAAAAGCGAAAUGCAUGUAAUGAAUUGCAAUAGUGAUUUGCUUGCUGAAUUAGAAUCAAUCACAAGAGAAUUGGCUUCGUCGAUUAAAAGAGAAAUGGCAUUAGAAGCAAAAUUGAAAUCAAAUAAGCAGCAAUCGCCACCUAUUGGUACAGGAGCAAUACCCUCUUCUUCUCGUUCUUCAAUAGCUGAGGAAAAUUUACACACUUCUCUUUUAGAAAAAUCAAACAUCAUUUGUGGCUUGCAAGAAAAGCUAAACAAGGAGAAAAGAUUGAGAUUUAUUAGUGAGGAACAUGCUUUACUAUACGAACACGGCCAAUCGCCAAGCCCACUCAAACUUAAUUAUGAGAAAACCGAAAUUUAUAAUCAACUUGUAGCUAAGAACGAAAUGGUUACACAAUUGACCAAUAGAGUGAGAGAAUUAGAAGAGGAACUAGAAAAAGAAAAGAUGAUUGAGUAUUCUCAAAUGCAAAGUAUGGACCAUGAUUUGAUGAAUAGAAUUAGUUCACUUGAGAAGGAAAAUACGGAAGUUUCAGAGGAAAAUGCAUUACUUCAGGAGGAGAUUAGAACUUUGCAAACUCAAAGAGAUGACUUUAGGGAGGUUAUAAGUAAACUAUCAGUACAAAGCAGUCAAGAUAUCAAGCAGCUUAGUGAAAAAAUAAAGACUUUGGAGUUGAAGAAUUCAAAUUUGAAAAACAUAAAUGAUAUGCUAACAAAUAGGGAGGGUAAUAUCAAUACCAAUAAUAACAAUGGAGGCGUCUCAGAAAAUCAAAAUUAUGGAAACUACGAUAGCUCUAUGAGUGGCAAUGGCAGUUAUAGUAGUGCUAGUAAAAAUUUUUAUGGAAUGAAAAAUCGGAUAGGACUACCAUCAUCAGGAGGCAAAUUGAAUGGAUUCACUAUCAUCUCAUCUGAUCGGAAGUUUCACAACAAUGAAUAA